AUGCAGCAGUAUCUUAUUAAGUUGCUCACUCUAGUUACUUUCGUUUCUAUGGCCGUUUUGAUAGAUGCAAGUCCCGUCAGUCACCUUGUUGAGCGUGAGACCACUUCUGACUUCAAUUCUGAGAUAUUGGCAGCUCACAACAAGAAGAGGGCAAUUCAUGGGGUGCAACAAUUACAAUGGAAUGAUACGUUGUCACAAUAUGCUGCAGACUAUGCAGCAAAAUCAUUCUCUUGCGAUAAUGUUCAAUUAAUUCAUUCUGGUGGACCAUACGGUGAAAAUCUCGCUGCUGGUUAUGCAGGUGGGACCGAUCCAGUAAAUGCUUGGUAUAAUGAGAUUAAGUACUACAACUUCAGUAACCCAGGUUUCAGUGAGCAAGCUGGACACUUUACUCAAGUUGUGUGGAGCUCAACAUCACAAUUAGGAUGUGCAAGAGUUACAUGCGAUAAUUCAUGGAAACAAUACACAAUCUGUGAAUAUUCACAGCAGCGAGGUAACAUCAUCGGAACAGAUCUGGCAACAGGGAAAAGUUACUUCGAGGAGAACGUCUUACGCCCACUUUGUUAA